GCGGCGGCGGGGCGGGCGCCGUUUAGCGCCUCCCCCGGGAAGUGGCGGCGCUGCUCGCUCGGGCAGCGCUUGCUCAGGCCUGGCGGCGGCGGCGGCGGGGCCGCGCCGGGAAAGGCGGCCAUGGAGCCGGCGGGUGGCGGCGGGAGGCAGGCGGCGGCGGCGGGCAUCGCUGUGCACGACUUCAGCGGGCAGCUGGGCGAGCAGCUGGUGCACUUCCACGCCAUGCGGCUGCGGGACUCGCUUUUCCUCUGGGUGGGCGCCGCGCCCGCCCUCGCCAGCCUCGCUGUGGCCAUGUGCAGCCCCCGCGACAGCGUCCCGGUGUCGGCGUCGCUCCUGGGGGACCCCUCCGACCCGGCCGCCGUGUCCCUGGCCCGGCGCCUAGCCAGGAAGACCAAAAAACAGAUAUUUGUCAGCUAUAACCUUCAAAACACAGACAGCAAUUUCAGCUUACUCAUAGAAAACAGGAUCAAAGAAGAAAUGAUGGCUUUUCCAGAGAAGUUCUGACUGCAUCAUUGUAAACUAACUUGAGGUUUUUGUUUUAGAAAAACUGAGUGCAAUUUCCACACUGACAUUAAGUUACUAUUUUGAAAACUUGUUUUGUAUUGUUUUGAUUGAAUUUGCAUUUGUUAUUAAAUUCUGCAAUGUUGGACCUGGA